AUGGGUUAUGAUUAAACGCAUAGAAGCACAAAAGCAAAAAAGCCAGAGAAAGAGUGAAGCAAAUACAAUACAAUAAUGAGAAUGGAAGUUACACAGGUUCUGCACAUGAAUGGAGGUUUUGGAGAAGCAAGCUAUGCAAACAACUCCUUAGUACAGCAAAAGGUGAUUUCUUUAACAAAGCCUAUAAGAGAAGAAGCCAUAACCAGCCUUUAUUGCACCACAUUCCCAAGAAGCCUUGCAAUUGCAGACAUGGGUUGUUCUUCCGGACCAAACACUCUGUUUGUGGUUUCAGAAACUAUCAAAGUUGUGGAAAAGCUUUGCCGAGAGUUGAACCUUAAAUCUCCAGAGUACAAGGUGUUUUUUAAUGACCUUCCUGGAAAUGAUUUCAACAACAUCUUUAAGUCCAUUGACAGCUUCAAAGAGAAACUAAGUGAUAAAAUGGAAUCUGGGGUAAUUGGUCCAUGCUACUUCUAUGGGAUUCCUGGUUCUUUCUAUGGCAGGGUAUUUCCUAAUCAAAGUCUGCAUUUUGUCCAUUCUUCUUACAGCCUCCAAUGGCUAUCUAAGGUUCCUGAAGGAGUAGAGAACAAUAAAGGCAAUAUUUACAUAUCCAGAACAAGCCCCUCAAAUGUUGUGAAGGCUUACUACGAGCAGUUUCAAAGAGAUUUCUCUGUUUUUCUCAAGUGUCGUGCAGAGGAACUAGUUGAAGGGGGUCGCAUGGUUCUAACAUUCUUGGGAAGAAAGAGUGACAAUCCAUGUAGCAAGGAGUGUUGCUACAUUUGGGAACUUAUGGCUAAAGCUCUCAAUGAUAUGGUCAUGCAGGGAAUUAUAAAGGAAGACCAAGUGACUACUUUCAACAUCCCUCAAUAUACUCCAUCUCAAUUAGAAGUGAAAUUGGAAGUUCUUAAAGAAGGAUCAUUCGCCAUUAAUCGCUUGGAGGUGUCAGAAGUGAAUUGGAACGCUAUGGAUGAAUGCAAUGUUUUUGAAUUUGAGUCUGAAAUGAAUGAAUCACUGAGUGAUAGUGGAUACAAUGUUGCUCAGUGCAUGAGGGCAGUGGCUGAACCUUUGCUGGUUAAUCACUUUGGUGAAGCUAUCAUUGAAAAGGUUUUUAGUCGCUACCAAGAAAUCUUGGCUGAUAGGAUGUCAAAGGAGAAAACCAAAUUUGUCAAUGUUACCAUAUUGAUGACAAGGAAAGGAUGAGGAGAAGAAACCUGCACAAUCUAUGAUUCAUAUUUGUGGUUUUGUCAUAAAAAAUUUCCUAAUUGUUGGGUUGGUUUGUUUGCUUUAACUUUAGAUUGUAAUCAGGCAGGAAAUGUUAUGCUAAGGAAAAAUAAAGAUAAAACUAGGAGUAUUAUGUUGGACCAUGGCUAGUGAUAUAUGUUCUCAAUUGUGUAAUGAAAUUAUUUAAGUGUGGAUUAUA